AUGUCGCUCCCCCGCCCGCCCCUCGACCCCGACCUGCAGCCCGCCCAGGACCGCUUCUCCAAAGACAGCGGCCUCAUCCCGCAAGAGAAGCUCGAUGCCCGCCGAAAUGCCGCUCGCCUAAGCUGGGAGGCCAUCAGCAAAGGCAAAGAAGACUCCAUCAGCCACACCGAAGUCGACAUCCCGGGCCCCGCCGGCCCUCUCCGCGCCUCGAUCCUGCGCUCCAAGAACCCCGAACACGCCAACAAGCCCCCCGCAGAGACCAUCGGCAUCGUGCACUUCCACGGCGGCGGCUUCUGCACCUCCGAUCGCUUCCACGGGCUCAACACCCUUUUCCCCAUCAUCGAGACCCUCGGCGCCAUCGUCAUCGGCGCCGAAUACCGUCUCACCCCAGAACACCCACAGCCCGCACCCGUAGAAGACUCCUACGCCACCCUGCAAUGGGUCGCAUCGCAGUCCGCCGAACUCGGCUUCAACCCCAAGAAACUAAUUACCUGCGGCGGCUCCGCAGGCGGGAAUCUCACAGCCGGUGUAUCCCUACUCGCGCGCGACCGCAACGGCCCCUCCAUCCUCGGCCAACUCCUCUUCUACCCCUGGAUCUCAGACGAGACGUCCUCGCCGUCGCUGCAGCAAUUCGGCGACGUGCAGCCCUGGACGAAGGAGGAUACGGCGCACGCUCUGGACUUUGCGCUGGGACAGGACCGGGAGGGCGAGAGUAUUUAUACGAUUCCGGCGUCUGCGCCGGAUUUGUCGGGCCUCCCGCCUACGUAUCUGGAUGUGGGCGAGGCGGAUGUGUUUCGCGACCAGGACGUGGAUUUUGCGAAUCGGUUGUGGAGUGAUGGGGUUGCGACGGAGUUUCAUGUCUGGUUGGGGGCGUGGCAUGCUUUUGAUACUUUUGCGCCCGAGGUUGAGGUUAGCAGGAAGGCGUUCCAGGCGCGGCUUGAAUGGGUGAAGAGGUUGGUGGAGAGGUCAGAGAGGACUUGA